AUGUCUGAGGAUGAUCCGGAUGGCCCUGAGAAUUCUUCUCAAAAUUCUACUCAACGGACCCUGACCAUCGAUGAAAAGGAUGCGAUAUUCCUCAAGGAAGAGAGCAUUGCUCGACGUGAUGAAGAGAUUCGCCGCGACCAAGCUCAACGUGAUGAGGAGAUUCGCCGUGACCAAGCUCGACGUGAUGAGGAGCAUCGACGUGAUCAAGAACGUAUCGCUGAAAUGGAGAGGCUCAUUACAUUCUUGAAGAACUCUGAUCCCCGCCUUGCAGCAUUCAUGAGUGAACAACCAGACAACACUCCAACCACCGAACCAGUCACUGCACCGACCACCGCACAACCUCCUGGACCAGUCACCACAUCUUCCACCUAA